AAGAUAAAGAGUUAGUUAUCUGCUGAGAUUGAAUACGAAAAAAACGCGUAAAAGUGGAGUAGAGAAACAAAAUUAAUAAUGAAUUUCCAAGUUCUAUUGUUAAUGAUACUGACUUUAUGUGCUGCGCGAAUAAGUGCUGCGACAGCAAGACUGGUCGGUGGUAAAGAUGCACCAACUCAUUUUGGAAGGUUCCAUGCCUCACUUCAAAACUUUACUGGGCAUCAUGUGUGUGGUGGAGUGAUUGUAUCACACCAUCACAUUGUUACUGCUGCCCAUUGUGUUCUUGGAGCCGAGCCACAGUAUAUUAAAGCAGUUGUUGGUACUACAAAUUUAGAUUAUGGAGGUCAACAGUACGAUGUUUCUUCAAUAUACAUCCAUGACGAAUAUAACAUAACUUCAAGAAUAAAUGACAUAGCCGUAAUCAAGGUUAUAGGACAAUUCAACUUAAGAUACGUUGACAUACUGACUUUUUAUGAAAAUGAGUUGGAAGAAGGAGACCAAGUGAUUUUAUCUGGUUUUGGUGCAGAAAUGCCAAAUGGGGAGUCUAGUCGUACGAUGCAUGUACUUAAUCUACCAGUAUUCAAUCAAGAAACAUGUCGAUAUGCUAUGCGAUAUUCAAGAGAAGUCACUGACACAAUGUUUUGUACAUUCACUCAAAUUGGUGAAGGAACUUGUCAUGGCGACUCAGGAGGACCACUAAUUAAAAAUUAUCAAUUGGUUGGAUUAGUGUCAUGGGGUAUUCCAUGUGCAGUCGGUUUUCCUGACGUGCAUACACGGAUAAGACCUUAUGUGAGCUGGAUAGAAGAACAAAUCAAAUAAUGCAAAAAUGCAUUCCACUAAUACAUUUUAGUGCAUACAGUUUACACGUUUACAUAAAUUGUAUACGUUCACGAGUUAUAGUCUUUUUCACCUAAGAUGAUCCGUAUGACGUUUCGAGUUUGAAAGAUUUAGAGAUGUCACAUAACUAAACCAUAGCGAUUUAUCUAUCGAUUUUUUUCGAAGAGUUAGUAAAACCUACUUUUAGAGAAAUAUUUUGUAUAGGUGUUAUUUAACAAAAAACAUGUUUUUUUUUAUUACAAAUAUUAUUGUAACAAUUUUUAUUGAUAAUAUUCAAAUUUCAUGGUUCGUGUUCAAAAAAAAGAAUUCCUAAAAAGUACUGGUUCUGUUUCUUUAAAUUAAAAACUAUUAAUUUAUUUUCAAUGCGUUUAUUAGAGUCAAUAAUCGAAAAAUAUAGUUGAUUUUUGUGAUGUUUUAAUAACUAAGUAUUCACUGCAAUCGAUUAAUGAACCGCGGAAAUAAUCGAUUUUAUUUUACAAGAAAUACCCCAGCACUAAAUCUAUUCCGUUUCACACAUUGCGUACAUUAAAUAAAAAAUAUUUUUACAUCGUAUUUAAUUAAAAUAUAAUCAAUAGACUCAGAUUUUACUAUAUAUUUCAAGACAAGUAGUUAAUUAUUUUUUUAUUAUAUUGCUAAUAAAAUACAAAUAUUUUUUCAAAAAUAUUCUGCAUAUGUAGUAUGCGUAAUAUGGAUAACCUUGAAGUGUCAUACGGAUCAUCUUACGUGAAAAAGACUAUAACAUUUCAAAAUCAUUUGACCAUAAACAUCAGCAGCUAGACUGUCAAAGCAAUGCUGAUGGCGAAAUUACAUAACUCAUUUCCUAAAUAUACUGAACAUAAUUAUAAUUAUAGAGUCGUUAAAAUAAGCCAGAAAAUUGGCGGUAAAAGUUUUGUUUAAUCAAACAAAAACCCGCGCGGAUUUUGAAACUCAAUUUGAAGAAAGACAGUUACUUUGCUAUCUAAUAACUUUAUCUGUCGUCUUUUUGUUACUGCCAAAUAUAAUAAUUAUACCUUG